CCUGCCCAUCAGUUUGUCGCGUCCAUCCAUCCAUCCAUCCAUUGCGGGCCUUCGAUCCAUCCCCAACCGCGCCACCCAUCCUCGCCGACGCUCGCGCAGCCGCACCCGCACAGCGCCGCCGAUCGACCCCGUCGCGGAUCCGCGCUCCUCGCCGCCGGCGAACCGCCGUCCGCCCCGCCCCGCCCCACCGCAGUGCCCGCGCACGCACUGCCCCCCUCGUGCCGCAGCCCGCAGUCGGCGACGGUCCCUCCUCCGGUGGCGGUGAUCUCGUCGCUGGACGUACGGUGCUUCGCUCGACCAGCCACGACAGCGCGGGCCCCGCGUGGCCGCGUCGAGGGUCCUUCCCUCCCUCCCUCAUCCACCUCCAGGCUCCCCGUCGCCGCCCGAGGCUAUGGAUGGCCGGCGCUUGGAUUGUGAUGGGAGAGUAAACCUUAGUGUGGCUACCUCAGAUCAGACCUUAGAUAGUUCAAUGGAAUCAGAGAGGGCAGCUUAUGCGUUUCUUCCCCAAACUCCAAUCAAGUCAACCGAUGCACACCUCGUUGAGUUCUCGGAGGCUAUGAGAGCUGUUGCGAAAACAUUGCGACAAGUUGCAGAAGGGAAAGCUGCUGCUCAAGCAGAGGCAGCUGAGUGGAAGCGCAAGUAUGAAUUAGAAAAGGCAGUCAAGGCACACAGGCAUAAUACUGUAACCAAAGGCUGCAGUAACUGUGACAAGGAAAAGUUAGAGCAGUUGGCUAGUCAGCUGACAUUGGAGACCACGUCGGUUGAUCCAACAAGUUGCUGCGGAAAUCAUGAGAUCUGUUCACGUCAAAUUCUCCAGGACGAAUGCCCUGGAACUAAUAAAAUUUCGCAUGACAAGAUUGCUGCAAGAAAGGCACCAUUUAAACUUUCAUGGGGAUGCAAUGGGGAUAAUAAUGGUCAGCACAAGCAUGAUUUUGUAUCCUUCGAAAAAGGGGAUAUAACAACAGCUGAACGCAGCAAUAAGCAGAUUUUGCUAAAGUGGGAAUCCCCUCCACAAACUGUUCUUUUCGUGACUAAACCUAAUUCCAACUCCGUGCACGCUCUCUGUGCUGAAAUGGUUAGAUGGCUUAAAGAGCACAAUAAUAUAAACAUCUUUGUAGAGCCACGAGUUAGCAAGGAACUAGUGACUGAAGAUUCAUACUUCAACUUUAUCCAAACAUGGGAUAAUGAUGAGGAAAUGAAGACAUUACACACGAAGGUUGAUCUCAUUGUAACUCUUGGAGGUGAUGGAACAGUUUUAUGGGCAGCAUCAUUGUUCAAAGGACCAGUUCCCCCUGUUGUUGCGUUCUCUCUUGGAUCAUUGGGAUUCAUGACCCCCUUCUCAAGUGAGCUGUAUCGUGAGUGUUUGGACCAUGUGCUGAAAAGGCCAUUUGGCAUCACACUAAGGAGUCGUCUGCAGUGUCAUGUAAUCUACGAUUCAGCUAAAAAUGAAGUUGAUACGGAGGAGCCAAUUCUAGUGCUGAAUGAGGUUACAAUUGACCGUGGGAUGUCAUCGUACCUUACCUACUUAGAAUGCUAUUGUGACAGUUCUUUUGUCACACGUGUUCAAGGAGAUGGGUUAAUAAUAUCAACAACAUCUGGAAGCACAGCUUAUUCAUUGGCAGCUGGGGGAUCGAUGGUUCAUCCACAGGUCCCAGGGAUCCUUUUCACGCCAAUCUGUCCCCAUUCAUUAUCAUUCAGGCCUUUGAUACUACCUGAAUAUGUGACAUUGCGUGUGCAAGUGCCAAUCAAUAGCAGAGGGCAGGCAUGGGCAUCCUUCGACGGCAAGGGCAGGAAGCAGCUAGGGCCAGGUGAUGCACUCAUCUGCAGCAUUUCUCCAUGGCCUGUGCCCACUGCCUGCCUGGUGGACUCAACAACUGACUUCCUGCGAAGCAUCCAUGAGGGCCUCCACUGGAACCUGAGGAAGAGCCAGUCGUUUGAUGGCCCUGUUGCAUGAUCAAUGAACUUCUGGUCUGGAAAAUUCGAUGCGUCUGUUGAAUUGGUAGAUGUGGUAUUUCAAAGCAUCUCCUCAACAGUCCAAGAGAAAGAGAAAAAAAAAAAAACCCUAAUCAGAUGUAUGUACCUACGUCAGUUAUGCCGUUAAUUGUCUAACAGAUCAUCUCCUUUACCAUUCUCUGUACACAAGAUUUGUACUGUUUCUAGUAUAUUUUGGGCUUAUAGGUCUGUGCAGAGUCCAAAGGCAUGCCCACCAUGUCCAUGUAAAGCGCUUUUACAUGAUGAAGAGUCUUUGUACAAGAAGCAAUUGAGCAGACUUCUUCACUGCUAUUUUCUUCUUCACAAAAAUAUAUGAAUAAAUAAAUUAAAUCUUCUCCAUAGAUUAAUGUA